AUGUGGCUGUUCGGAUUCAUGUUGUUUGUCAUCGUGUGCAGCGCCAAGUGCACGGAGGCGGAUGUUUCGGUGGAGGCUGCUUUUCAAGGACGUUGUGGCCACGGGAGUCCUUGUGAGCAAUUGUGCUACGAGCUGCACGAUGGCAUGUACGAGUGCGACUGCUCGGAGGGAUUCGAGUUGAACAAAAAUGGCUAUAGUUGCCAAGAAAUUAAUUCUACCUCCAGCGACGAUAACGCAUCCAACGGCGAGGAGGACGUCCUUUAUCAGCGCGGUGCGUCGUUCAGCGCCAAACUCGACAUAUCCGAUCUGCACAUAUCGAUGAAAUCGUUCGACAGCGACGAUGACGAAGACGAUGGCGAUAAUGAUGGCGGUAAGGGUGGCACCGGUGGCCUGCAUCUGGUUGCGUCCGCUGCCGGGGACACCGGUGGCAACCGGAAGGCUCGACCGAACAGCAUCGACACGGGCGAUGAGCUGGCGCGAAGAAAAGCCAAUCAUAACUCCAAGCCGGCACCGGCGCGGCGCAACCGUGACGGAAAGGCGAGCCGGGCGGAAAAAUCCAUCCAAAACGAUGGCCCCGCGUUGGUGACUGCCUUCGGAGGUGGAGCUGGUGGCGGUAGUAAGCGACACGAUCAGCAGCAGCAACUGCAGCAGGAAAAGAAGAAGUCGUCCUCGGGGAGCGAACGGCGAAAAUACAACACAACAACCGAGGGAAGAGUUGGCACCGGUGCUAAUGACGCUGGCAGCAGAAGCAAUAUGCCACCGGCCACGAGUGAUAUGGAAAUCAGUGGCAUAUCAUUAUUACACUCCCAGCGCCGGCAGCGGCAUGACGAGGUGGUACCGGAAACGACAGUGUCAUCUGCAGCAGCAGCUGUAGCGAGAUUGGCGAAAGCACCGAGCGGCGAUGAUGUGGACGAUGAUGAUGAUGACGCCGAUGAUGCACCGGAAAUCAGAGCUCUGCCGCUGCUCGCCGGUUCACUGGAGGAGAACGCGGAGAAGGGCGAGCGGGCCGGCGGAAAAUUACCUCCGGAGGCGAUGGGUGGUGAUGCCGAGGCCAAUGAUUUCGCUCAGGCCGUGCGCCAAGAUAAUGCAACGCAGCGUGUUUCGGGAGGGGCGGCGAUAAGCCUACCGUGUACUCUUGAAUGUGGUCCCGAAGGAACGUGCUUCAAUGGGAUGGAAGGGUCAACGAUUGCACCCAUGCACUGUUUGUGUGCCUUUGGAAAAACUGGACCGCGGUGUGAAGAAGACACUAAAAUCAACACGCCUCGCUUCAGCCAACAUUCGUGGGUCGCAUUUCCCGCUCUGAGAGGAGCCUACAAACAUGUCCAGCUGCACGUCGAGUUUCGGCCCGAGUCUUUCGAUGGGAUUUUGCUGCUAACGGGCGAACGGGACGAUCUGACGGGAGAUUUUAUGGCCCUGCUGCUCCAUCAAGGCUUCGUCGAGUUCUGGUUCGACUGUGGCUCCGGCAUGGGACGCGUCAAGUCGGAGGAAACGAUCGUCCUGAACCAGUGGAACACGAUAACCAUCUACCGGCACCGCUGGGACGCGUGGCUCGUGCUGAACCAGGGCAACCGGGUGCAGGGCCGCUCGAAGGGGCUGUUCUCGCGCAUCACCUUCCGCGAGCCGGUUUUCCUCGGUGGCUACGGCAACAUCACCGGCCUGGACCGAAAGCUUCCCGUCAGCACCGGCUUUACCGGGUGUAUCCGAAAGUUUGUCGCUAAUGACCACGAUUACAACUUCCAGCCGGCGCCACUCGGCGACGUUACGCACGGGUUCGAUAUACAGGAAUGUAUCACCGAUCGGUGCAGUCGCUAUCCCUGCCAGCAUGGAGGAAAAUGUCUACCGUCGGAUGACGGCGCCAUCUGUCUCUGUCCGCUAGGAUUUGGCGGUGAUUUAUGCGAGAUGCGACUGGAUUUACAGGUGCCUUCAUUCAACGGAUCGUCAUAUUUACGCUAUGCACCGCUCGGUGAUAGCUGCAUCAUUUGGUUUGAGCUAAAGAUCAUCAUCAAGCCGCUGCUGGAGGAUGGGCUGCUGCUGUACAGUGGCCACCACGAGUACGGUGAUUACAUUUCGCUCUGCCUCAACAUGGGCUACGCCGAGUUUACGUACGAUCUGGGCAGCGGGCCAGCGACCGUCAGGAGCGAAUUCCCUCUUACCAUGGGACAAUGGCACACCAUCAAAGUCUCCCGAACGUCACGGUUGGCAGUGUUGAAGAUCGAUCAGCUGCCGGAGGUGAUGACGGUGUCACCGAACGGUUUCUGGCAUCUGUCGCUGCCGCACAGUCUCUACCUCGGCGGCGUCCACAACGUGCACACCCUGCCGAUGAGUCUACGAGAUAAAGGAUCGUUCGCCGGUUGCAUUCAGAAGGUCGACAUCAACGAUCGUACCAUCGCGAUCAUCUCGGAGGCACUCGGUGGUUCGAACGUGGAAAAUUGCCCGCAUGCCUGCGUCGCCCGGCCGUGCGGCCCGCUCGCCAAGUGCGUCCCGAACCUGGAUACGUACGAGUGCCAGUGCAACCCGCAGAACCGCCAGUGCAACCAGGCCGAGGAGCUUCCGUCGGAGGUGAUCGAAAAGCAGCAGCGUUUGCUGCGGCAGCGAAAGCAGCAAGAAGAGCAGCAGCAGCAGCUGGCGCGAACUCCAGUAACCCCACCGUCAUCCCCACCGACACCGACGUCGAGGGGAGGAGGAGUCCCUUCGACAACUCCCGGCCCACCGGAGGACAGAACGCUCCCGCACGACAACAAUCCAUCCGAUGGAACCGAUGGCGGUUCUCAGGAGAGCGACGAAGGCUACGAUGACUACUACCAGGAGGACGAUGAUGAUGAUGCUGACGCGGACGAUGGUGACGACGACGACUGCGGUGUCUACGACUACGGGCAACCGAGCGGGGACCAGCGCUGGGAGGCGUACGACAUAAGAACGCCCGCACCGGCAUCGGUAGCUAAUGAGGCGGAUAAACAAUCGAGUUCUCCGGCGAGCAAACCGACGACAACGACGACGGCGGCGACCACCAUCGCUAAUGAAAAGAUAAUCGCGUGGAUCGAUAAGCAGAAAUCAAAGGAAUCGUUGUCGACGGAAUCGAACGAUUACGCAGACUACGCCUACGGGGAUGCCCGGGAAGCGCAGGCAGGCAAGAGGGAGCCUUCCGACGAGGUCCGAGACCAAACUGGGUCGGAUGACACGAGCACGAAGGUGGACGGCGGGGAAGGUGUGCAAGUAAUGGAUGACACGCGCCGACCCGAGCCCGAAUUUGGCCGGGAGCUGAAGCAUGAAAUGAUUGUGGUUGCCGAUGGACAGGGCGAAGGAAACGGAGACGAGGCUUACACCGACACCGAGGGCAGGGUGGGGUUGGGGAAAGAUUACGACCAGCAUGGCGACCGGAUACCGUACCGGCCGGAGUAUCUGCUGCGCCGUGGCAAGCAGAGCUGGAGGGAGUCGGCGACGCCGAGAAGGGCCGGACGCCGGGGUCAGACGAGGCCGGAGUUCGAUGGGGCGUUGAUCGAGGAGAUGAACCGGAUUAUGAAAAAUCAUAACGACGACAGCGCGGACGACGCGGACGACAAUGGGUUCUGGGGUGUGGUGUCGGACGGCGAACAUUCGACCACCGACGCGCGGGCCCGAGAACACCUUCGCUGGCUCAACGAUCAUCUGGAGGGCAUGCGGGACUCGCGGGACCAGCGAGGGGAGCAGCAGCCACAGGAACAGCAACCACAGGAACAGCAGCAGAAGCAGCAGCAACAACAGGAGCAACAGCAGCAGCAACAAGACCAGCAGCAAUCGCAGGACGACCCCCGAUACGACGAAGACGACGUCCUACGCAGCAUGAAGUACAAAAACAAAUACUUCCGGAAGUACCAGGGCGCGUGCUUUACCGGCACGGACAGCUACUUUCACUACAGCGACGCGGAAACGAUGCGGCGCGUCAUUAGCUACGAGAUCGAUCUGAAUCUGCGCUUCAAGACGCACUCCACCAACGGGCUGAUCCUUUGGACCGGCCGGCACAGUGCGCUCGAAGGUGACGACUUCCUGUCGCUUGGCAUCGAGAAUGGAUACCUUCAUCUGCGGUACAAUCUCGGCUCCGGUGAAAUUAAUAUCAAAUACAACGCCACCAAAGUCAGCGACGGUCUGUGGCAUCGGGUGCGAGCGUUACGGAACUCGCAGGACGGCACGCUGAAGGUUGACGGUGGAAAGCCAAUCACCAGACGAUCGCCCGGUAAGCUGAGGCAGCUCAACACGGACACCGGACUGUAUGUCGGUGGGUUGCCGGCGGCCCCGCACUACACCCGCCAGCGGUACCGGACGGGGAUGGCGGGCUGCAUCUCGGAGCUGAUACUGGCCGGCGAGCUGCGGCUGAAUUUCGACGCGACGAUACUGGGCACGGCACACAACGUCGAACCGGGCGCCCCAUGAAGGUAGAUGUUCUCGCCACCAGCCCAGCCUGCCACCGGUGGGCGGAGGACGGCACGCCGAUCAACCCGCGGAAGCAACGGUGUGAGUUCGUCCGCGCAUUCGGGCGCCACGCGAGUACGAAACCUUAAAUCGGGCAGCAGAGUAUAAAAAACAAUCUUAAACAAAAACAACUAGUCGAAAUUAAACCAAAGCGAGCUGAUGGAAGCAGAAUCUCAACAACAAUACCGACAGAAACACACACACAUACACAAGAAAACGUCCAGCCGAAGAGCGAACAGGAAAAAAGAGAAACAAAAGUAGCUAAAUUCUCAGUGUAUAGCAAAAAAGGGAAAACAAAACGUCAUAUUUAUUUCAUAACAGCAACAAAACUAGAAACGAUACUCGUGUAAACAAGCGAGUACGAAGCGUCAACAGAGGAACGGGAAGUUAGGGAGGUAGAACUUAAGAAAGAGUGAAUGUGAACAACCAAGCAAACAAAAUCUGUAGCCAGCAGCAUGAAGAGGAAAAAAACAACACAAACGCCAGACAAAAAGAGUGUGAAUCGAGUGAACGAAAAUCGAAUGAAUGUAAUGGAUCAGACAGGAGCAGAUCGGAGAAAGAGUUGAAACCAGAUAAGGUAAGACCGUGCGAAUGAAAACAGAGUGAAAAGAAGUUCUGGAAUGCUAGCGAACACUCACAAACACACCCAAGUCACCGAAAGUAGAGUAAAUCAGUUUUGUACAAAAACAAUCGACAACACAGCAAGUUUGGGAGCAUAGCAAAGAAAACGAGAGUGUAUCAUCUGAUAAGAUUUGAGUUAAAGUGUUCUUUUUUGGAAAAGAAGCAAUGUCUGGUUCGUG